AUGCUACGAUCAACCACAAUUACUCGUUCAUUCCACAGCUCUAGGAGCUGGUUGAGGGGUCAAAACCUGACUGAAAAGAUCGUUCAGGCCUAUGCAGUCAACCUUCCCGAGGGGAAAGUGGUACAUUCCGGUGACUAUGUGUCUAUCAAGCCGGCACACUGUAUGUCGCACGAUAAUUCAUGGCCUGUGGCGUUGAAAUUUAUGGGACUGGGAGCUACCAAGAUUAAAAAUCCUUCACAAAUUGUGAAUACCCUAGACCACGAUAUCCAGAACAAGUCGGAGAAAAAUUUAACCAAGUACAAGAACAUCGAGAACUUUGCUAAGAAACAUCAUGUUGACUACUACCCUGCUGGUAGAGGUAUUGGACAUCAAAUCAUGAUUGAGGAGGGCUAUGCUUUCCCCUUGAACAUGACGGUAGCAUCAGACUCGCAUUCCAAUACCUAUGGUGGUCUGGGCUCGCUGGGUACCCCCAUAGUGAGAACAGACGCUGCAGCCAUAUGGGCCACGGGGCAAACGUGGUGGCAGAUUCCACCGGUGGCUCAAGUUGAGUUAAAAGGUCAACUACCUCAGGGCGUUUCUGGGAAAGAUAUCAUUGUCGCCUUAUGUGGGCUUUUCAACAAUGAUCAAGUUUUAAAUCACGCGAUUGAAUUUACGGGUGACUCUUUGAAUGCGUUGCCUAUUGACCAUAGACUUACAAUAGCUAAUAUGACCACCGAGUGGGGGGCUCUUUCUGGUUUGUUCCCUGUGGACAAAACUUUGAUCGAAUGGUAUAAGAAUCGUUUACAGAAGCUGGGUACUAAUAAUCAUCCAAGAAUCAACCCCAAAAGUAUUGGUGAAUUGGAGGAGAAGGCAAAAACUGUGAAACCAGACAAAGAUGCACGCUACGCCAAAAAACUAGUUAUCGACCUUACCACAUUAACUCACUAUGUCUCAGGUCCCAACAGCGUAAAGGUCUCCAACACUGUGCAAGAUCUAUCUCAGCAAGAAAUCAAGAUAAAUAAAGCCUAUCUAGUAUCUUGCACUAACUCCCGUCUAUCCGAUUUGCAGUCUGCAGCGGAAGUGGUUUGCCCUACUGGCGAUUUGAACAAGGUUAACAAAAUUGCUCCAGGUGUGGAAUUCUAUGUUGCUGCUGCCUCUUCAGAAAUUGAGGCAGAUGCCCGCAAAUCAGGAGCUUGGGAAAAGCUGCUAAAGGCAGGUUGUAUCCCAUUGCCUUCUGGGUGUGGCCCAUGCAUUGGUUUAGGUGCAGGGUUAUUGGAACCAGGUGAAGUCGGUAUCAGUGCGACAAAUAGAAAUUUUAAAGGUAGAAUGGGUUCUAAGGACGCGUUGGCUUACUUGGCUUCUCCUGCUGUUGUCGCCGCUUCUGCUGUGUUGGGUAAAAUCGGUUCUCCUGCUGAAGUACUGUCUACAGAUGAGAUUCCAUUCAACGGCGUUAAAACUGAGAUAAUCGAAAACCCUGUGAGUGAAGAGGGAGCUGGUACUGAAGCCGAGGCUCCAAAGCAGUCCGUUGAAAUAUUAGAAGGUUUCCCAAGGGAGAUUUCUGGUGAAUUAGUUCUAUGUGAUGCUGAUAACAUUAACACAGAUGGUAUCUAUCCAGGCAAGUACACUUACCAAGAUGACGUUCCCAAGGAAAAGAUGGCGCAAGUUUGUAUGGAGAAUUAUGAUGCUGAGUUCAGAACAAAGGUUCACCCAGGCGACAUAGUGAUUAGCGGGUUCAAUUUUGGUACGGGUUCCUCCAGGGAACAGGCGGCUACUGCAUUAUUGGCCAAGGGUAUCAAUUUAGUUGUCUCAGGCUCCUUUGGUAAUAUUUUUUCAAGAAACUCUAUAAACAAUGCCCUUUUGACCCUGGAAAUCCCAACUUUAAUUAAGAAAUUGCGUGAGAAAUACCAAGGCGCUCCAAAGGAACUCACCAGAAGAACUGGCUGGUUCUUGAAAUGGGAUGUAGCUAAUGCCAAAGUGGUUGUUACCGAAGGUUCUUUAGAGGGCCCUGUUAUUUUGGAACAAAAAGUGGGUGAGCUAGGUAAAAACCUGCAAGAAAUUAUUGUGAAAGGCGGUUUGGAAGGUUGGGUAAAAUCCCAAUUAUAA